GUUCCUCCCACUGAUCCGCCGGGACGCGCGUGGGCUAUCCGCCUCGAUUCGCCGGGAUCUGGGCCUUUCGGCGGCGGCAACAGCAACGAGAGACCUUCCCCCAAAAUGCAGGAUCCUAAUGAAGAUACAGAAUGGAAUGACAUUUUGCGUAAAAAAGGCAUUCUCCCUUCCAAAGAAAAGCUGAAAGAGCAAGAACAGGCGGAAGAAGAAAAGGAGCAGCAGAUCCUCCAGCAAAAAUCAGUUGUUAAGACCUAUGAAGAUAUGACUCUGGAGGAACUUGAAGAAAAUGAAGAUGAAUUCAAUGAGGAGGAUGAACGUGCUAUAGAAAUGUACAGGCAACAGAGAAUAGCUGAAUGGAAAAUGUCCCAAGCAAAGAAUCAAUUUGGACAAGUUUUGGAAAUCUCGGGACAGGAUUAUAUUCAGGAAAUUACAAAAGCUGGCGAAAAUAUCUGGGUGAUACUGCAUCUUUACAAGCAAGGUAUUCCCCUCUGUGCCUUGAUAAACCAACACUUAAGUGGACUUGCCAAGAAGUUCCAGGAUGUCAAGUUUGUCAAAGCUAUUUCUACAACUUGCAUACCCAACUAUCCUGAUAGAAACCUCCCCACAAUCUUUGUCUACUUGGAAGGUGACAUCAAGGCCCAGUUUAUUGGGCCACUGGUAUUUGGAGGCAUGAAUUUGACAAGAGAUGAAUUAGAAUGGAAAAUUUCUGAGUCAGGUGCCAUUAAGACAGACCUGGAAGAGAACCCCAGGAAACAAAUUCAAGACCAGAUGAUGACGUCCAUCAAGUGCUCUGUUCCAACAAAGAGAGAUGAAAGUGACUCAGAGGAGGAUUAAGGCCACCACAUGUGCAGCUCUAUUUGCUGUGCCCAAUUACUCUUUAAUGAAACCAGAAUAUUUAUUACUAUAAAAUAAUGAGUUUUAUUUCAGCCUAAGGAAUAUCGGUGGUGGUAAAAAGAAACUUCAUUAUUCGUACAGGAAUAAAGUGAAAGCAAUU